AUGCAACAUAGAGCUGUGGUUUGGCAAGGCUUUGCACAGAGGUUGAAGAGAAGUACAUCAAUGCUGGCAAUAAAAGUUUUAAUACUCUUUGUUUCCGCCCAAACAUAUCAAGGAGCCAUAUUGUCAAAUGACUACAACCCACUGCCCAAAUUCGACGUUUUUGCCGUAAGCGUCUGUGUUGCCACUCAAUUCACCUUGAUGUUCAUCAUCACCAACUUAGAGACCAUUGGGUCAAUGUAUGCGAUGGCUAUGUGGGGUUGGACUUCAGCGCAGACCGUCGUCAACGUAGGGAUUCUACAAGCCGUCAAUGGCGCAGCAAGUGUGCUAGUCUACACUGGUUUCGUGGUAAAGCUUGGAGAUUACGUUUCGAAUGGUCGUGAACGAAUUUGGACGAUGAUCGGGUUGGGGCUCGGAUUCUUCUACCACGUCGUUACAUUUCCUUAUCCAUGGGGCUCAACGUUGAAAUUUACUCCAGCAAACCAGACUUCCGACAAUACAAGUGUUGGAUGCGAUCCGGACAACUACAGCUGGUGCAUCUCUGUGCAUGAGGUCAACUUUUGGCUCUAUGCCGUUCUAUACUGUACGCUAUUAGCUGCCUGCUUUCCAAUCGUAAACGUUUCAAUGAAUACGCUCUUCAGUAAAAUCCUUGGAGCAAGGCGGCAGGGCACUAUGCAAGGAAUUAUGUUGAUGUCAGGCAGUUUGGCAAGAACACUUGGACCGCUGCUAGUUUCAUGGUUAUUCCAAGUUUAUGGACCAAUCCCUGUCUGGGGCCUAGAGAUGGGCACCUUGGGAAUAACCCUGUUGCUAUGGAUUGUGCUAUACCGACGAUUGGUACCACUGCAAAUACCUCAGCUGGCAUGCGGAGAGUAUAUGGAGUACGCCGGCGGGACUAAAUAUCGCAUGUAA